AUGGCCAGAAUUGAAAAGAAGGCGAAGGAAAUUCGCCUCCAGGUCUAUAUCCGUAGCGAAGGGUCCAAAUCCAUACUCCGUGAUGGCGAAGGGUGGGCGGACGAACUCUGGUUCGACCCAGACAUCCACGAACUCGGCCGCAACUCUGACUUCAUCGUUCCGGCCGACAGCCUAGGCCGAACCAGAUUUGGAAUCAGUGGCGAAUAA